AUGAACGAACAACCAUCCCCUGGAGAAGGGAAUUCUGAUUCCCACCCUGAACCGAACCCCAUCAAACGACAUGGCUGGCAAUUUUGGGCAAUUUUCCCGGGCUUGUGUCUUGCAUCCGUAUUGUGUGCACUUGAUUCCACAAUCUUAUCAACCGCUUUACCUACAAUUACAGCCGAAUUGAAAUCAUCAUCAAGCUACGUUUGGAUAAUCAAUGCCUACACACUAUUUUAUGGACAAUUUGCUGAUAUUUUUGGGCGAAAAAGUGCAACUAUCAUAGCAAUAUGUUUUUUCCUCUUGGGUAGCGGUAUUUGCACCGGGGCAGGUCAUAUUAGCAUGCUGAUUAGUGGACGAGCAGUUCAAGGGCUUGGGGGAGGUGGGUUAAGCAUCUUGCCAGCAAUGGUAGUUUGUGAUUUGGUUUCUUUGAGAGAAAGACAAAAAUAUACUGGUUUGAUUUAUGGAGCGUCUGCUAUUGGCACUUUUAUUGGGCCCGUAGUCGGGGGCUCAAUGGUAGAACUUAUUGGAUGGAGAUGGAUUUUCUGGCUGAAUCUGCCUAUCGGAGGACUGGCUUUAUUUUCAGUGAUUUUCUUCUUUCGAGUUUCCCACGUCCAUUCUGGACCAACCAUAUCAAACUUAGGAAAGAUUGAUUACUUUGGUAACACCUUGUUGAUCGGAGCAAUUACCUCGAUUCUGAUUGCGCUGUCGGGUACCAAUGUGGAAAGACCAUGGGAAUCUUGUCAGAGAUUGCUGCCAUUGUUAUUGGGUCUUAUGGCUCUUCCCUUAUACAUGAUUUUUGAAAACUCGCCGUUUUGCAAGCGACCCACCACACCCUUACGACUCUUUUCUCACAGAACAUCCUAUUUUCUCCCCGUUUACCUUCAAGCCGCCUUGAAAGAUUCCCCGCAGGAAUCGGGGAUUCACACUCUCGCAGCAGCCAUACCGAUGAUUCCGUUUGGCAUUUUGGGAGGAUUUUGGAUUGCUAAAGUGGGACAUUAUAGACUCAAUCAAAUUUUUGGGUUUGCACUCGCUACUAUUGCCGUUGGGUGCUUCGGCAUUCUAGACCAAAAUUCUUCCACGGCUGUUUGGGUCAUAUUACAGAUAGUUUUCGCGGCCGGUGCUGGAAUUGUGCUUACAGCUGCAUUACCUGCGAUACAAGCACCGCUCCCAGAAUCUGACGUCGCAACCGCGACCGCAACGUGGGGAUUUAUUCAAUGCCUGGGGUUUGUUUGUGGUGUUGCCGUACCUUCCAGUAUCUUUGAAGCUAAAUUCAGAAGUGUGAUUUACACGAUUGAUGAUGAUAGUUUGAAGAAAGUGUUCAGAGCUGGAGGUGCUUACGAGCAUGCUUCGAAGGCUUUUAUCACAUCUUUGUCAGAGGAAUUUCUGAAGCUUGUGUGGGAGGUUGAAUUGGCAUUUGCUAUCUUUGGACUACUCGCAUCCUUGUUCGUUAACCUGGAGACAAGUUAUGGACACGGGGAAGAGAUUGAAGCUGCUAAAACUGAAAAGUCUACAAUUGGCCUUCUGCAACUGUAA